GGACCUCGCCAAUGGCCGCGCGCUCCGUGGCCACUCCGAAUUGCGCGUCCCGCUGGCGCAGGCGCGCUCUUUUCCCCUCCGCCCCGGGGAGAAAGAGAGAGAAAGAGGAAGGCAGGGCUGAGAAGGAGGAGGCGGCGGAGCAACUCAGGCGGCGGCGAGGAGGAGGGGCGGCCGGUUCAGAAACCUCCGGCGUUGCGCGCGAUCCCGACCCGCCCGCGCCGCAGCGCCCUCCGGCUUUGCGCCCGGGCACCUUUUGGCUGACGCGCGUGGCCCUCCUGCGCGCCACCGCCUUCCUUUACUCUGUUGCUUUCCUGGUGGCUUACCAUCAAAACAAAGCCCUUAUUGGAGAGCGGGGACUUCUGCCUUGCCGGCUUUACUUGGAGAGCGUCAAGCGCCACUUCAAAGGGAAGAUCUACUGGGACGCCUUAAGCUACGCUCCGACACUCUUCUGGAUCGUUCCCAGGUCUAGCGUGGAUGGGGCCCUGGAUGCCUUUGCUCUGGCCGGCUUGGCCAUCUCGCUGUUCGUCUUGGUGGCUGGCUGUGCCAACAUGAUCCUCAUGGCUCUUCUGUGGCUGCUCUACCUCUCACUAGUUAACGUGGGACAGAUCUGGUAUUCCUUUGGAUGGGAAUCUCAGCUUCUGGAAACGGGUUUUUUAGCCAUAUUCCUUUGUCCUCUUUGGACCCUCUCCCAGUUGCCCAAACGGACGCCUCCUUCCCGCAUCGUCAUCUGGGGCUACCGGUGGCUGAUUUUCAGAAUCAUGCUGGGAGCGGGGUUGAUUAAAAUCCGAGGAGACCGCUGCUGGAGAGACCUGACAUGCAUGGACUACCAUUAUGAGACGCAGCCGGUGCCCAACCCCAUCGCCUAUUACAUGCACCGUUCGCCGGGAUGGUUCCACCAGUUUGAGACUCUCUUCAACCACUUCAUUGAGCUGGUUGUGCCGUUCUUCCUCUUCCUCGGGAGGCGCAUGUGCCUCUCCCACGGCAUCCUGCAAAUCCUUUUCCAGGUGCUCCUCAUCCUUAGUGGGAACCUGAGCUUCCUUAACUGGUUGACCAUCGUGCCUAGCAUCGCCUGUUUUGAUGACGCCUCCUUGAGCUUCCUCUUCAGCUCCAAGAAAGGAGCUGUGAAGCCCCAAGUCCUGGAGAUACAAGCCGACGAGGACGCAAAAGGGACGGACCCCUUGUUGCCUUAUGGCUGUUACAUCCGCAAAGUCGUGAAUGCAUCCUUUGGGGUCCUGAUUGCCUUUCUCAGUGUCCCAGUGGUGGUCAACUUACUUAGUUCCCAACAGAUUAUGAAUACAUCCUUCAACUCCCUCAGGAUAGUCAACACCUAUGGAGCGUUUGGAAGCAUCACUAAAGAACGCACGGAGGUUGUUAUUCAAGAAACAUCCAGUCUGGAUCCAAAUAACCCUGCUGCCAUUUGGGAAGAGUAUGAGUUUAAGUGUAAGCCUGGGGAUCUGAACAGGAGGCCCUGCCUCAUAAGCCCCUACCACUAUCGUCUGGACUGGCUGAUGUGGUUCGCCGCAUUCCAGACGUACGAACAGAACGAAUGGAUCAUCCACUUAGCAGGAAAGCUUUUGGCCGAGGAGAGAGAGGUUUUGUCUCUCUUAGCCGUCAACCCCUUUGAGGGCAGGUCGCCUCCGAGGUGGAUCCGAGGAGAGCAUUUCAAGUACAGGUUUAGCCGACCGGGAGGGAAGCACGCUGGAAACGGGAAGUGGUGGAUCCGGAAGAGGAUCGGGCCCUAUUUCCCUCCGGUCGAUCUGAAAGGGUUGAGGAAGUUUUUCAAGGCCCGAAACUGGCCUUACCGGGCGCAGAGUUGACGAUGGGACGGGAUCAAUGAAGAUGGAGGACGGUGACCAAGGACUGCCCUGACAUCUAUCAACUCUUCAUUGGUGUUUAUAUGAUUUUUUUUCCCCAUCUCCCACGUUUUGCACUAAAGAGCAUCAGGCGGCAUAGACAAGGUCGCUUGGCUUGUUUGCCUGACAUGUUCUGAGUUUUAAAAAAAUUGUUUAGUGGUUCUAAAUGGUCAGGGGACCUGUUAAUGACAAGCAGUCCAUUGGUUAUGCAAAUAAUAAAUGAGCACAUUUUGUUCAUUGGGAUUUCUGGCCUGUUUGGUGAACCUGACCUCAGACAUUCAUCAUCACCAUCAUCUUAGAACUGC